ACAAACCGCUUUGUUUCAUUUUUCCCCGAAUGUCCGCGUUAUAUGCGUGUGUUGUAUGCACGAUGCAUUUUUGCGACUUUUUCUUUUAGUCUGCGAAAAGCAUUUAAGCUUCGCUUAUCCCCCGAAAGGAAACCUGACCAGAACCAACUACAUCUUGUUGUUAAUAGUGUUUGGCUGAGGGAAAAUAGAUUCGCGUCUCAGUUGGGUUUCUUUUUUUUUUGUUUGGUUACUUGCAAUUCUUUCUUUUUUGAUAGAGUAAAGGUUUCUCUUGGUGAUUUUUUCCUCUAUCCCUUUUAUUCAUUAGGAUUCACACGGUUUUUCUUGUUCCAAUACCCAAAAUUAUACAUAUUCUCGCGUAAUUUUUAGAAAAAUGAGCAAGUCUUUGAAGGUUCUUUGUUUGCACGGCUACGUCCAGUCUGGCCCAGUUUUCAGCAAGAAAAUGGGAACUGUUCGUAAGUACUUGUCCAAGUUUAUGGAUCUUCAGUUCCCCACUGGCCCCAUUUCCGCUGAAACGACUGAGGGUCUUACUGAGGAAGAGAAAAAGGCUCGCCUUUCCCAAUUGGGCGGUGAGGGAGCUAACCAAUUCGGUUGGUUUGAGGUCGAAGACUUCAAGAACACGUACGGCGGUUGGGAGAAGAGUUUGAAGUCGUUGGAUGAGUACAUGACCGAAAAGGGACCUUUUGACGGUAUUAUCGGUUUCUCUCAAGGUGCAGGUAUUGCCGCUUGGGUCGCACACCUUCUUGAACAAGGCAAGCCUAACCCCUACAUCAACCAACCUCCUCUCAAGUUUGUAGUCUUCAUCGGCGGUUUCAAGGCCGACAAACCCGAGUUUGCCCACUUUUAUGAGCCCAAGCUGAAGACACCUUCGUUGGUCAUUUCGGGUCUUUCGGACACGCUCGUGCCUUUUGCUCGUUCAAUGGAGUUUGCCAAGACCCUUGAGAACCCCAAUGUUCUCACUCACCCCGGCCAACACAUUGUGCCUCAGCAAGCCAACUAUCGUGUGGCUCUUCGCGACUUUAUAUUCAGCGCUCCUUCGACCGGUGAGCGUACGAAGCACCCUCGGCCUUUGACUCUCAUCGUUGCUUCUGCUUCGAACUUGUCCAUUGGACAAAAGAACAACCUUCCCUGGCACAUCAAGGACGAGAUGGCUUACUUUGCCAACACCACUACCAACGCCAAGCCCGCUGGCGUUAGAGAGGAUGGCAAGCAAGUCAUGAACGUCGUGCUUAUGGGUCGCUCUUGCUACGACAGCCUUCCCAAGAAAAACCGUCCUUUGAAGGGACGCAUCAACGUUGUUAUCACCCGCAACCCCGACUACAACUUUGGUUUGAAAAAGGGUGCUGAAGCCCCCGCCAAUUUGUUCAAGGCUCCAUGCAUUGACACUGCUCUCGAUCUCUUGGCCGAGAAGUACCCUGAAGACGGUGAUGUCCAGAUUGGCCGUGUGUUUGUGAUUGGCGGUGCCCAAUUGUACGGUUCGGCCAUGUAUCAUCCCUUGUUGAAGGAAAUUCUUUUCACAAGAAUUCACCAAGAAUUCCCUGGUGACACCUACUUCCCCAUUGACCCCGCUACUUCUCCUUUGUGGGAGCGCGGUACGACAGAGGAGUUGCGUGCUAUCGUUGGUGACGAUGUUGCUGAUGGCCGUGUUCCCGCAAAGACUUCCAAGAAUGAGGAAGUCGAGUUGGAGUUUGAGUACUACAAAAAGGAUGACGUCUCUGAUGUCUUAUCCAAGCUCUCCGUGAAGAACUAGAAUUGAACAAGAAACGCUUUGUAAUGAACGACUAUGAAAAGGACGGUAGAGAGACAUUAAAGCAAACGGACUCGUGAAACCAGUGACAUGCCGCAUAUCUUAUUACAAGGGCAAGGUGGACCGCCCAAAUAAUUGUGAAAAGCGACGAGGAGCUAAACGAAAAAAGUGCAUUCAACAAACAUACCCUUUUUAAAACCUUAUGAAGCUACCUAAAACCGAAAUGCAACCAACACAAUUACCAUUCCACCAGACAAACCCGCUACUGCCUCCUUAAAACUAAGAACUAAGAAGAAAAAGUACAUAAAUUCAGGCUAAAACAAAAGUCAGGCCACGGCUCAAGCCGUGUACUAGACGGCUCCACGCAACAGCACAUCAACCGGCCACAAUCAACGAGCCAGAGGAUACAUCUUUCAGCAGAUGCCAAAAUCAAACCGACCCGCGCAUGUGCACUCGUGGAGAUGGAACUAGACGGAGCUGCGCAGAAGCCUGUAUAUAACGACAGAUAGUACAAAGGGGCAGGCGCAACAGAUGCACCGCAGCAAGAAACGGAUCCAGCCAGCAGUCCUUGCUGGCAACCGCUUGAACUAGCUCAAGGUGCUGCGACCUGCUAGGUCAUAAUCGCUCGCCAUCGAAAGAACGGAAACCGAUUUAGUGCUUGGAGAAGUACUUGUCGGGGUUCUUGGUGUCGAUGGUGUCAGCACCCUUGUGCCAGUUGGCGGGGCAGACCUCGCCGUGCUCCUCGACGAAGAUGAAGGCGUCCAAGAGACGGAGAGCCUCUUCGACAGAGCGACCGACGGGAAGAUCGUUGACGGUGAUUUGACGCAAGAUUCCGUUGGGGUCAAUCAGGAAGAGACCACGGAAGGCGAUGCCAGCGUCCUCGAUGAGGACACCGUAGUCGCGAGAGAUCUUGUGGGAAUGGUCGGCCAACAAGGGAAUCUUAAUGCCGCCGAGACCACCCUCCUUGCGGGGAGUGUUGAUGAAGGCAAGGUGAGAGUACUCAGAGUCGGUAGAGGCCAAGAUGACUUGGGCGUUGCGCUCAGCAAACUUGGAGGCAGCCUCAGAGAAAGCAACAAUCUCGGUGGGGCAGACGAAGGUGAAGUCCAUGGGGUAGAAACCCAAGAAGACCCACUUGCCCUUGUAGUCAGAGAGCUUAAUCUCCUCGAAGGAGCCGUUGACGACGGCGGUACCCUUGAAGUCGGGAGCGGGUUGUCCAAUUCUCAAAGUCAUUUUUAGUAAGAUGUGAUGUGAAGUCUUGAAAGGUGCGUGUGCCUUGUGUUUGUGCUCUGGAAGACGUGAUCCUAAGAAGCUGA